AUGUCAAAUCAACAGCCAACAGCUGAAAAAAGUGUUCAAACACAAGAUUCAUCUGGACCAACAACAUUAUUUAUUACAAACAAUCCGGAGAAUACUGCUGCUGAAGUAGCUAAUACACUUGUAUCGAUGGCUACUGGACGACAAAGAGGAACAACAACAACAACAGUUAAACCACUGAAUGUAAUUAGUGUACCAAAUCAAUCACCAUCAUCAUCAUCAUCAUUACCAGUUUUAUCACUUGCUGAUUUUACAACAUCUCAUGGUGUUCCAACAGCAACAGCAUUAGCCCAUCAAGUUAAAUUACGACCUAGAAAACAAGAAAAUAUUUUAGAAAAUAAUAAUAAUAAUGAUGAUAAUAUAUCAAUGUCAACAGAUGAAUAUACUCAAAUAUCAAAUGAUUCUAAUGCACCAAGUAAAAAUCGACGAGGAAAAAUAAAUAAAUCAUUGUCAUCAUCAAAAAAUAAAAAAGAUCAAUUCACUCAACCAAUUCAAUAUGGACCAAUUUUAGUUAAACCAAGAAAACAUAUUGCACCAACACUUGCUAAUGGUAGAAAAAGUAAAGAUGAAGUCCUCCCACCUGAAGAAAAUGUAAAACGUCAACAACGUCGUGAUAGAAAUAAACAAGCAGCAGCUAAAUGUCGUAAAAAACGAAAUGAACUUCGUGAAAGUUUAGAAAAAACUGAACAAAUAUUAGUUGAACAAGAGCAAAAUCUUCAACGUUCAGUACAAAGUUUAACUGAACGUAAACAUCAAUUAGAAAUUUUAUUACAUCGUCAUGCAUGUUUAAAAAAAUCACAUAUAUCAAUGACGCAAACAACUUCCAAUAAUCUUAAUUUAUCAAAAACAGAUGUUACAACAAUUCCAACAACAGAUCCAAAUAAUAGUAAACGUGUUACAAUUAAUUUAACAAAUGCACAAGAUUUAUUUACAAAUGCAUCAUUAACACGUCUUACAACAACAACAACAACAACUGAUGCUUCAUCAUCGACAACAGUACCAAUGAUAACAAUACAUAUUUUACCAGAAGUAGCACAAGCUCUACUUGGUUCAACAUCGGUUGAUAAAAAUAAAUUAGCUGAUUUAUUACAACAAGCAAAUACAACUAAUACAUUUUUAACAACAACUACUAAUCACGUUACAUCAGAUUCAAUAUCUACAAAUACGUCAAUGAAUACAAGUUGA